CUUUUUAGCUGCUUGCUGCUUAAAUCUCGGGAAAAAAUCUUCGUUUGGCAACCCUGAAUGUCAGUGUCAUCAAUUUGCUUCCCUGAUUGAGUCUGCCGAAGAUUAAUUUAUUGUUGAGGGUGGUGAGAGUAAAUUCAACAGAAAAGUAGAUUGUUAAAUAUCAAGCUAGGGUCUGAAUUUAAUUUCAUUAUUCAUUCAUUCUCAUAGAUUUUCGGGCACACGCGCCCUUUGUAUCUGUCAAUUAAAGUAUGAAUGCUUUACUGGAUUAUGGAUCAUCAUCGUCCAAUGAAUCAGAACAGGAGCAAGAGGAAGAAACGGACAAGAUAAACACUUCAAAGCCCAAAUUACCCAAACCCGUACUUGGCGAAGCUGCUCUACAAACAUCAGUGUUCUCUAAUCCAUUUGUUGAAGCUGAGUUAGCAAAGGCUGCUAUUCUGGAGAAACAUGUGAAAAUGGUUCCAGGUAAAGAUGACACCCUGAUGAUCAAUGGAAAGAAGAUAUGUUGGAAUUACCGUAAGGGCCGAUGUCGGUUCGGGCACAAUUGCAAAUACGCACAUGAUUCCGAUGUUCAUAAGACUGCUGAAGAAUUAGAUGCUGAGAAACAGAAGUUGAAAUCUGUUGUAUGUGAGGGAGCGGGCACUAUGUCUUCAUUGCCACCGCCACAACUGGAAACAGUGUUACCAACAGAUGAUGCUGUAUGGGAAGGAGGAGCAGAUAAAAAGAAAUUAAAACGACCAGGCUUAAGCCAAGGGAUACUACCAGGAAAGAAAGUUUUGAAGAUGUACAAAGAACAAAAGCUAAGAGAAACUAAGAAGUAAAUUUUGUGUUUUAUUUCAUUUUGAGAAACCCUAACUGUAAGGAGUAUGUAGUUGUAUGUAACAAUAUUUAUUUAUACUUGCCUAGAGUAUAGGGAUCAGUGGAGUCGUGGGAAAUGUCACCGAAUGUAUUUAUCCUAGAAAUCAUCCUUUAAGGUGUUAGUUAGUCGGCCGGCCUUAAAGACCAAAAGACAGAAGCCGGAGGCGGAGCGGUGGCGGUCGACAAUAGAGUCGGGCGUUGCGAGUGUUUACACACUGCCAGGCGUACCGUAGUGUGGCGUCGCAUCGUCGUGUUUUGUGGAGAAAGUUUACGAAAAUAUCUAAUGUUCCGAAAUCCAUUAUAAAUAUCACUAUUCGAUGAACAAUUUUGUAAAAAAAUAUGACAACUGCGGAUAAUCAAGACGCGGACGCGAGGCGCGCAGUUCGCAGUUGUAAACAUGGAGGAGUUGUCUAAUGAAGAUCUACUAGCAAACCAGUGAACCAAAUGUUCACCAAAACCUGAUUUAAAAAAAAAAUGUAUUUAACUAACUGAG